CCGUCCCGCCCCCCGAACAACAGCCUCGUCUCCCCUCCCGGCCACUGGAGGCCCCUUCCCAGAACCCUGGCUGGCUGAUGUCACAGACAGGUGACCUCACUGCGGCAAAGGAACCGGGAAUCUCAGUGUCGUGGGGGAGGGGGGAGGAUGUUCCUCCACCACCCCAACCCCCCAUGUCUGUGGUGAAGUCAAUCGAAUUAGUGUUGCCCAAGGAUGUGGUCUACCCGGCCGGCUCCAGCAUAGAAGGGCAGGUGGUUCUAAUACUGAACAGCACCCUGGUGGACCCCAUAGUGAAGGUGGAGCUCGUGGGAAGGGGUUACGUGGAGUGGAAUGAAGAAAUCGGGGCAUCCCGUGAUUAUAGCAGGGAUGUUAUUUGCAACAACAAGGCCAACUAUGUGCACAAGACGAAGACAUUCCCAGUAGAGGAUAAUUGGUUAAGUGCAGGCAGCCACACCUUUGACUUCCAUUUCAACUUGCCUCCCAGGCUUCCUUCUACCUUCGCCAGCAAAAUUGGCCACAUCUCCUACUUCGUGCAAGCCUCCUGCAUGGGUCGGGAGCACGUUCUAGCGAAGAAGAGGACGUACUUGUUGAUUCAAGGGACUUCAGACUUCCAUCAAGAAAACGCACUGCAGGUAGUGAGCCCUCUGUUCGUGGAGGCUGAGAAGAAAGUCUCGUACAAUUGCUGCAUGCAGGGUACCAUCUGCCUUCAGAUCCGGAUGGAAAAGAACACCUUCACACCGGGGGAGGGAAUUGUCUUCACCACGGAGAUCAGCAACCACAGCGGCAAGAGCAUCAAGACGGUCGUCUUCGCCCUCUACGCCCACGUGCGCUACGAGGGCUUCACCCCCAAGGCGGAGCGGCGGUCGCGGGAGGACAGCAGCGAGCUGCUCCGGCAGGAGGCCAACACCCAGAUCGCGCCCUUCGACGCCACCAAGAUCGUCAGCACCCUCAACCUCCCGCAGGUGCUGUCCGUGAGCAGCAGCACCCGGGACGGCGAGAUCAUGAGCACCCGCUACGAGCUGGUCAGCACGGUCCAUCUGCCGUGGUCCCUGACCUGUGUGAAGGCCAAGGUUCCCAUCAUCGUCACCGGCGCGCCCGUGGAUACCGCUGGCUGCCAGCCGCUGGAGGGGGCAGCGUUACCCGUGAGCCAGGAGUGCCAGAAUUAAGCGCCCAAACUUCUAAAUAUUAAAAGUUUUAUUGCACGGUA